UGCAUUUCAAAGUGUCAAUAGAGCCGCACGAUGGUCGCGGAGCUGCGUCCGCGGGCCACCAACCACCACAGAGACCCGCUGUAUGUUGAAGCCCCACUGCUACCGUAUUAUGCAGGUGCAGCGUCGCCUAAGUCGUCGUCAUCUUCGCGUAUCCGUCGCUGGAAGCGUCUGCUGUUGCUGGGCUGUAUUCUGUACGUGUCGCUCUUGUUUGUCUGGUUUGGCUUCAUGAAAGCAAGGAAAGGCGGCGAAAUUUUCGGAGGACCACUAGACAAUUUCAUAUCGAUCGCCAAUCUGGAUGAGAACAAGAUAAAUUAUUUACACGCACACGAGGACCGUGAACUCCGGACGGAUUUCGUAUUUGCAGAGCUGGAGAUGGAAUUUUUGCACAAGAUUAACGCGUCAGUUGAAAGGGACGAAGCAGCAAUUUUAGAGGCUGAAGCUCAUGCAAAGACCC